GGCUGUGCGUCUCUGUGCAGGCGCAGUGUGUGAAGUGUGUGCAGCUCGGCUGGCUGGCUCCCUCCGCACUGAAUGGACUAGAUUCCCGGCCACGUAAGAAGCUCAGCGGCACCACGGGAGAGAGGAUGUCCUGCUGAAUCAAGGGAUAGGCCUGGGAAAGUCGGCCGGCCGUCCCUUCCUUCCUUCCAGCAGCUUUUUUUUUGUACAGGAGCAGACACACAUCACACACGACACUUUUUCUUCCAUUUGAGACCAAGAGAGGACGUCGACUCGUGCACACAAAGAGCUGCAGCUUUUUUUCUCCGGAUGGGGUUUUCUCCUUGUGUGACAAUCACCGUGCGUGGAUAUGAUCCCUGGGAACAAGGCCGUGCACUGACCUGGUACUAGUUAGCCAAGGAAGCUAACUAGUUAGCUCUGCACCUGCUAGCCAGCAUCAAAUUUCAGCUUGCAAACUUUAUAUAUAUCUAUAUUGUGCAUUUUCUCCUUGUGCCUGCAAUCUGUAGUUUUAACGAAACGUGCCAUACAUUUGAACCGGCGAGAUAAGCUAAAGCAAACAGGUUAAGUUUCAUUCAUUGUAAAAGCUUGACUUUUUUGGUAGCCUUUGUUAUCUGCUAAUGCAAUUGCAGCAGGGCUGUAGAAAAGGUUUUGACUCGACUUAUUGGAGUUUUUCUGUCAUUUUAGCCUCCUGAAUGGCAAACAAAGGAGUGCAAAUGAACAGUUGAACUCUGCAAAAAAAAAGAAAAAUUAGAUUCAAUUUUUGUUGCAUGAAAAGCUUUGCCUGUUGAUUUUUUUUUUUGCAAAAUUCAAUCUGCAGUUGAAGCAUCCGUUUUUUGCACUUUAAAGCUUUGGUGGUAUAGAAAAGUCGAGGAGGAAGGUCCCCCCUUCCACCCACCACGAUUUUGUGGAGUUAUCGCACUUAUUCCUCAUGAACAUACAGAGGUCAAAUCCAAUUAACAUUUCACGUUAUGGGAGAUCGCGGCACAAAUCGCACGACUUCGAAGAAUUGUCUUGCUUGAGGACUACAGAGUCGCAUCAGAGUUUCAGUCCCAACCUCGGGUCCCCCAGUCCGCCGGAGACCCCGGACUCCUCGCACUGUAUCUCCCGCAUCGGGGACUACCUUUUGUUGGAGCCGCUGGAGGGAGACCACGUUUUCAGAGCCGCCCACCUGCACAGCGGGGAAGAGCUCGUAUGUAAGGUUUUUGACAUUGGCCGAUACCAGGAGUCACUGGCGGCCUACUUCGCCCUGGGCCAGCACCAGCACAUUAACCAAAUCCUGGAGAUCUUGCUCGGGGAGACCCGAGCCUACGUGUUCUUCGAGAGGAGCUAUGGCGACAUGCACUCUUUCGUCCGCACCUGCAAGAAGUUGCGGGAGGACGAGGCAGCCAGACUCUUCUAUCAGAUAGCCUCGGCUGUGGCACAUUGCCACGACAACGGACUGGUCCUGCGGGACCUCAAACUGAGGAAGUUUGUCUUCAAGAACGAGGACAGAAGCCUCGUGAAGCUGGAGAGCCUCGAGGACACGUACAUCCUGGACGGUCACGACGACUCGCUGUCAGACAAACACGGCUGCCCGGCGUACGUCAGCCCCGAGAUCCUCAACGCCAACGGCAGCUAUUCGGGGAAGGCGGCCGACGUCUGGAGUCUGGGCGUCAUGCUUUACACCAUCCUCGUGGGGCGCUACCCCUUCCACGACGUCGAGCCCGGCUCUCUGUUCAGCAAAAUCCGCCGCGGCCACUUCAACAUCCCCGAGACGCUCACGCCCAAGGCCAAGUGCCUGAUCCGCUCCAUCCUCCGCCGGGAACCCGCCGAGCGCCUCACCUCUCGGGAGAUCCUGGAGCACCCCUGGUUCGCCUCCUCCGGAGCGCUCGGGGGCGCGGCGGCGCACGGCAGAGGCGAGAGGGAGCAGGAGCAGAUGGUGCCUGAGGUGAACAUGGAAGAGGAGCUGGAGCAGUUCUUCAGCUGAGCAAAAAAAUAAAUAAAAAAAUCACCAAGCACAAACGGACGCCACGGUUCGGCUCGCCACGCUCACAGCAGAGCCAAAAACAGUAGAUUAGAGAUUAAUAGGUGAACAUUUGUCACUCAUAAUAAAGGUGUUUCCAUCCUGUUUCCUUUUCCACCAUUUCAUGGAAAACCUUGAGCCUGGCAUGACAAAUGGCAUCUAUAACGUCACCUGGCGAGGCGCGUCCCGGGACGCCGCCGCCGCCAGACAUGCAAGUCGCAAACAAUGUAGCAAAUUGUUCUUUUUUGGAUCGGUUUGGGUUAAUGUGGUGCUCAUAAAAGUAGACACAUUCACCUUUUUUUGACACUAUGGAAAGCAUGAAGGGACAUCAGAGACCAAGGAGAACAAGUCGAAAUGAACUGACGUCACCGCUUUUCUCACAUUUUUUUUUUUGUCGUAGCUUUAGGUGGUACCAGUUUAAACCGCAGACCCAGAGUCAGAAUUCACAACAAAAACCAGGUGAUUAUCCCUGACCUGGCACCACUGGUUAACCCUUUCAAACCUGGAGCGACUUUCACUUUUCUAGUGCUGCUUUCUGACGCUUUUCACAAGUAUUUAAACCUUUGAAUCUGAGCAAAUUGGUGCUUU